AUGGCACGUCAUAACGCUUUACUUUCCUCUUCAACCUCACGAAAUGGUAAUCAAGGCACCUCGACGCCAACAAAGAAGGAGGCUUCGAGGGAGCUUCUAUUCAUUAAGGCCUCCGAUAGUGAGGAUGACAGCGAUGACAGAUUGGGCCACGAGCUCCGUCCCACCUCACCCAUCGAGUCUCCCCGUUGCCUUGCCCUAUUUCUCACGUCACCAACCAAACCUCGAGACUCGACGCGGUCUGCACCUAGGACGCCAUCGGUUGCAGGACCAUCCACCCCUGUCAGAACUCCCAGAUCCUCUUCGCAUCGCAAAGCACCCUACAAAUCACCUAUAAAGCGACCUCAGGCCAAAAGAGAGCCCAGCAGUCAACCCAAGGCCGAACCUCAGUCGGGUCGGAACUUAAUCAUUGGACCAGAAAUCAUCGACUUAACCGUAGAAUCGGAAGACGAUGUCUUUUACAACCGUACUCCAUCACGCAAAGCUUCUACGAGAGCCCGAAUUCCCAACAAGUCUUCGCAAAUCAUUGAUAUGAAUAAAGGCGAAAUCGUGGACAUCUCAGACUAA